UCCUCCAUUCCCAGAAACGCAUGCAAUUCUAUAACCACAGAACCCAUAGUGUGCUGCUGCCGCUAUGAACUGCUACUUUAUGCAGUGCAGCCUAAUGCCUUAAGACACGAAAUUGGUGGGUUAUCUAAUGAGGAAAAAAAGCGCAUCCUUCAAGGGGUUAAGCAGCGAAGAGCUGUGGAUGUGGGCAGGACCUCCUUUCACGCCCGAGCCCCCUCCCUUGUGCUGGUGGAAUGCCCGCAUCUCCUGCCUGUCAAUGCCAGCACGUCCCUACUCUGCACCACUUCAGCUGUUAGUGGAGCAGCUCUUGAAACAGACAGAGCCGGUCGGGAGCUGCUGAUGGAGGAACGCGGGUAAGGUCUUUCCACUCCUGGAAGGAGCUCUUCUUUCAGCUUUAUAUUCGGUGAAGCCACAAGCUGACUAAAGUUUCACUAGCUUAUGUCCUUUUACCUCCUUUCUGAAAUUGGACCCGUUACACAGCACGCAUCAUGCCCCGCAUCGCAGACCUGUGCAGCUGUCCAGGGUUCUUAAAUGCCUGCGGCUGAUAUCCGGCCGUAGAAACCCAGGGGCAUCGGAGUCCAGGAUAACUGGCCGAACAGCAACACGGGGGUUCAUUCUUUAAACAGGUCCCCUGGCGAGGAUCCUUAUUUAUUUCCAUGUGCAGACUGCAUGUCCAAGAGCACAGAAAUGGACUAUUUUAUGAGACACGUCCUGCUUUGCUACCUCGGAACCAUCAGCAUUCACUUUCUACAAGCAGACAGACUAAUGGCACCUGUCAAUGUAACCAUCACAGAACUGAAAGCAAAGUCCGCCGUGGUGACAUGGGACCUACUAGAAGGAGAUGCUGUUAUUGGGUUUGCCAUAUCACAACAGAAAAAGGAUGUGAGGAUGCUGCGUCUCAUUCAGGAGCUGAACACAACCACCCAGUCCUGCAUGCUGUGGGGACUCGAGGAGGACACAGAGUACAUUGUGUAUGUCCAGGCAAUCAGUCCCAAUGAGACCAGCCCAGCCAGUGAUGUCAUCCAUUUCCGAACCCCAAAGGAAGCUGAAAAGCUGGCUUCAAAGAGCACUGAGGAUGUGACCAUGAAGGAACUCUCAAAUAGGCUUCGGGCAGGAGAGAUGCUAAUCAUUGUGGUUGUUCUGAUCAUGUGGGCAGGUGUGAUUGCCCUUUUCUGCAGGCAGUAUGAUAUCAUCAAAGACAACGAACCAAAUAAUAACAAAGACAAAACCAAGAACACCUCUGAAUGUAGUACACCUGAACAUGAACCGCAGAGCGGUGGACUUCUACGCAGUAAGUUUCCAAAAAACAAGCCUUCAGUUAACAUCAUUGAAGCAUAAUUUCCAGUACAAGGAUGCGGUUUUUGAGUGACCCUGACAUUAUUCAAAAGCCCAAACGACUCCAAAGGUCUAUGUUUUGGGACUGGAAACAGGUUGAAACAACUAUGUAAUGACUCAGAUCAGGUAUCAGUCCUGGAGGAGGACAAUGGAAUGGAAGAAGCCCCCACAUUUUCUUCAAAAAUAGAACUUCUGCAAUCCGAGAAAGACAGUAAAGAAGAGCUGCAUGGCACACUGUGCUGGCAAAAAUGCCACGAAACAAUCCUCUCUGUCCGAACUGCAAGACAUUCUUAGUUAGCCGACAUCUAAUGUUUUUAGGUCACUGCUUAAACAUCCCAGAUGUGCAACAAAGUCAAAAUGCAACAGGAAAGCAUCUGUAGUUCUGUAACAGCUUCCUACACUACUUGGUAUCAUACAUCCUUCUGUGCUCUGUGUUGUUCUGAUAUGUUUGUCAUCUGUUUUUUAGGAAAUGGUGCAACUAUGGCAACAGAUCAAUCAUAACCCAACCUAUGAUGUCCAGCUGGGAUGGGCAUGAACUGGUCCAAGAAGCUAUCAGUGUAUUUCUAAGGGGAUGGGGGUUGGGGGCUUUAGUGUGCAUACUUAAUACUAAAUGUUCUCAUGUCACGUAAACAUAUAUUCCCUUGCUUUGAUGAUUUUAUUGUGCAUGAUGAUCAAUAUGCUUGAAAACUUGGACAGAAAACCAGUCACCUGUCCCACGAAAACAAAAGCCUUAAAUGGAGAGAACAUGGUAUUGGCACACUUCAUCUUCCCUGUAAAACGGAGACUGCAGCUAUCACCAGCACCCAUAUUACCAGUGUGGCUUAUGUCCACCGUUGGAAAUUGUCAGGACCAUUAGACCUAAAACAUUCAGUGACAGGAAUGGGGUCAAAUUGUCAACAGUGCAUUUCACUCUUUGGUUUAUGUGCAGCCUCUUUCAUCCAACACUGUGAACUCACUCUCCAUUACAGGGAAGAAUGUGAAAACCAUAAUUUUCCAUCAAAAGGAAAGACAGCUCAUUGUGAAGGAAGCAGCCUUCUCAACUCAUUCAUAUUCUUCUGAGUGUCAUGCUUGGCGUUCUUUCUGACUGUCCCAUCUACCUCAUUUUACUCUUUGAAGAAUAAGCAGAAGACAACAUAAAUACAUUUUAUCUGUCCAGCACUGAACACUUCAAAGUGUAAAUACGUGCUCUGAUUCAAAAUAAUUUACUCUUUGCUGGACAUUAGUGUCCACAUGAUCAUCCACGAGACUGAGAUAUAAUGGUGCAAGAGAUUUGUUGAUAUCCUUACAUCUGGACUACCUGGUUGUACAAAUACAGGGUGCCCAUCUGUGUUACUUGUAAUUUGAGUUUAUUAUGGAGUCUGACUCACUGAAGCAUCAGUUAAGGAGGGAAACAUCAAGCACACACUGAGCUGUUGCUCAUUCUGCUGUGAGAGUUUGACCAAGUUUGAGGAGAAGUCUAAUCCUUGACAACAUUUACACCACAUGAUAUUAAAGGGAAGGAUGCACACAAGCACGUGUGCUUUCUAACAUCACUGCAUGCUGUGUUGUGUUUUCUAAAAGAAAAUUAGAAGACAAGUAGUGUUUCUAGGUGCAAAAGAAUAGAACACAGUCCGGUCUGCUACAUUUUCUACCUAUUUCAACAUUUCUCAAUGCCCUUAAUUUAAAACAAACUAUCAAAAAUACAAUAAUAUAUUCAUCAGUGAAAUAAAAUGUUUGUACCAUAAAACCUAACCUAGAGUGAACUGGAGAAAGUUACAAACCAGAGGAUAUUCAACAGUAAGAGAGAAAAAAAUAGUAUUUAAAUGAGAGUAGCCUCUUAACUGAUUUUUAGUUAUUAAUACUGAGGAAAUAGCCAGCAUGAUAUUUUUACGAAGUCUAUAACUUGCUGUCAGUAGAUCGCACAGUUAUCACUAAAACGUGCUGUGGAAUCACUUCUUUUCUUACAGAUUAAUCACAUAUUUGGUAAAAUUCCAUAUGGAAGUAAUGCAUUUCAGUCUUAAUACAAUAAAACAACACAUUUAGUUGAAGGAGGUGUAAACUA